CUCGAAUAAAAGAUCUCGUUCGUGGCCGAAAGAUCGCGCCGCGACGACGAUGGAUGCGGUCGCAUGGCAUGUGAGCAAUCUGCUGGCAGAAGGCUCGACGCUCCUAAACGUACUCUCCGUCGUCUUCUAUGUCAUCCUCGGCCUCGCUGUGUUCAUUAUCGUCGUCGGGAUCUGUUUUUGCUGGCUCAACAAGCGCGCGGACGCCGAGUUUGACGAACAAAACACGUAUCGCGAGCUCGAAGAUGGGACAACUGCUCCACCCAGCCAUGCCAGAUCUAGUGGCUCGACAUGCCCAGGUGGCACCCUUCCUGACAAGCGCGUGAUCAAGAAAACUCCAUCCAAGCCGCUUCCCUACCGAGCCAAGUCGACAUCGUCCCGUCCACCCCAAGCGAGCACCACCGCUCAACUCUAAGUUGUCGUCUUUGGAACAAAUCACUUCUUACAUUGCA